UGUUAUUAGGAUAGCAAAACUCAGUUUGGUUAUUAUUGCGGUAAUAAUUGACUUGUUCAACUGAAGUUUUGGGUAUGUCAUGCUUGACAGAUUCGUUGCUAUUAUGGCAUCCCUGUUGACUGUAUGAUUGAUUGUGCACAUGCUGAUAGCUUAAACUAAUUCGUGAAGCUCUAAAAGUGCAAAGAUGUUACCUUUGCUUUUUGCUGAUGAAUCUGUGUUUUUCGUUUGUUCUUAAUUUUGUUGAAGGCUCUACAGCGGUGAAGUCAGUGGAAUUCAGUGGACAAGCUGAAAGAUCUGCAAAGAGAAAGAGGAAAAACCAGUAUAGGGGGAUCAGACAGCGUCCAUGGGGUAAAUGGGCUGCAGAGAUUCGUGAUCCCAGUAAAGGAGUUCGUGUCUGGCUUGGCACAUUCAACACUGCUGAAGAAGCUGCCAGAGCUUAUGAUGCCGAGGCCCGUAGAAUCCGCGGCAAGAAAGCUAAGGUGAACUUUCCUGAUGAAGCAGCACCACGUUCGGCUACAUCUAAGCUCUCCACAAAGAGCAAAGCUCAGAAAUCAGUUCCCAAGGCAAUCCCAAAAUUGGAUGCUGGUUACUCGGAGUAUGCUGAGCAAGAGUUCUUCAACUCUAUGAACUACGUGGAAGAGAAACCAUCACUGGACCAGCUCGGGAAUAUGGACACCUUGCCCUCAAAUGGAAAUGCUGGAAUCAAGUCUACUGUUGACACCAGUGCUCCCAUGUACUUCAGUUCUGAUCAGGGGAGCAAUUCCUUUGAUUUUUCUGAUUUUGGAUGGACCGAACAGGGCGCCCCAAGGACCCCCGAGAUCUCGUCUGUGUUUCUAGCUGGGCCUGAGUUCAACGAAUCUGCAUUCGGAGAGGAGGAUGCUAAUCCCAGCAAGAAACAGAAGUUCAAUAAUUCUGAUGGUGCUGAGGUUCCUCCCCAGGAAGAGAACAAAGGGAAUUCCGCGGAGGGAGAGGAGCUGUUUGGAUUUGAUAACUAUCUUCAGAUGCCAUAUAUGGAAGGAGGCUGGGAGGCUUCCCUUGAGAAUCUACUUAACGGAGUUACCACCACCACAACAACAACAACGCAGGAUGAUGGGAACACAAUGGGCCUGUGGAGCUUUGAUGACCUCUCCAACAUGGUUGGAGGAGCCUAUUAAGAGAGCAGAUUCUGCUGGGCUGUUGUUGUAAAUAAAGGCUACCAUGUUGUAAGUUGUUAAAGCAUAACUGAACCUUUGGUUUCGUUUCAAUAAGUCUGUCAUUAGCCGUUUUUUUUUUUACAUAUUUCCCAUGUCCAUAUCUGUUUGUAAUGUGACAUUUUUGUAUAUUGCAGUGGAGUUUGGUUUGGGAGGUGAAAGAAGGAAAGAAGUCAGGCUGGACCUGCGUAAGGCAAAUGUAAGAGGAGUCGUCCGUUUUGUUUCUGUGUCGUCGCACCUGGAGCUUUUUGUGCAAGAGUACUGUAGUAUAUAGAUGACUAUUGAUGCUGUUCUGCUAAGCUGCCUUUUAUCUCUAGAAAGAAAGACAUUUUUAAGCUGUUGAAUGAAUAUGAUCCCUGAAUGUAAUUUGACUGCUAGUGGUGGCAUGGUCUGUCUGUGAUGUUGGGAAGGUAGAGAAGAAGAGCAUUAUGAAGCUUCUGAACCAUUUUCCCUUCAUGUCAAUGGUCUCCUACCUAACUGAGAGAAGAGACCAUAAUGUCUUAACUAGUUUCUUUCGUUGUUCCAGAACGUGGUUAUUAAUGAAAUGCUGCAUUCAUGAUUUCCUGUGGAAAAUGUCUUGCUGCAAAAUGCAACUGUAUAUGAGAUGAGAAGGCGGGGUUUCGAAUUUUGAUUUUGCCCCCCUCGUUUUCUUGCUCCUAUCUUCGCUGAAACAGGGGAUAGGAUUGGAAAGAGGGGGCAAAGGGGUAGACUUUUGAGCCUGUUUAGUUUGAAGGGGGUGAAAGUUGAAGGGGGAAGAAAGUAGGUAGUAAAGAAAACGUGUCAAGAAAGGAGGAAAGGUGGUUGAGAGAGAUGCUGGGAAUUGGGUUUGGUGGUACAUUGCAUACAGCAGCAGCACAGGCAAGAGGGUUGAAGAUGAUGGAUGGUAAAAGUAAAAAAGAUGAAUGAGGGGAAAUGGUCAAAAGUUGAAGGUGGGAGAAGAAGCUACCAGAAGAAGAAGGAAAAAUUAGUCUAGUCACCAUUUGUGCCUGGCACGGGGUAAGACUGGAGACUGGAGAGGCGUCGUCGUGGUUGGUGGCUCUGCUUUCCUCUGCGUCUGUGGCACAAUAAUAACAGUGAGUGCAUUGGAAGGCGGGGAAGGGGCAGGGCGGUGGUGGAGGCUCUGCUGCCGUCACGUUGGCGCCAGCGAUGUAUCCAUGCAUCAUUGGAUUACAUAAGUACGUCUGUUGGCCGUCGAUCUUUUUUGUGGCUGCUGAUGACUUGGAAUCUGUUGAUCUGGCUGUGUCGUGUGUGGGAAAGACUCCAAAGUAUGUGAGUAGACAAGAAUGCGAUUGCAGAGUGGGCCUGCCCUUUGCGGUGGUGGAGGCCGCCAGGGCGGACGUCAUUUAGGAAUGGCAAUACGGCAAGUCCGGGGCGGGUAUCUCGAUAUCCAUACCCGCCUCAUGGCAGGUCGGGCAAUAUAUUAUUGGGCGCGGGUUGGGGCAGGUCGACCCAAUGUGUAUGCAAUUUAUGUGAAAAUAUUAGAAAUAUUCGUUAUUUACAUUAAAAGACCAAGAAAGAAACCAUAAUAUGAUAAAAUCUAGUUAAAUUAUUGAAGAAAUUGAUGUUUUCACU